AUGUCCAUGUUCAAAGAGGGCGCUGUAGUCGGGAGCCGAGUUGCUCAUACUUAUCCCAAAGUUGGAGUCGUCGGCAUAUUUCCAACGAGCAGGAAUUUCUCCCGGGACAUCAUUGAUAAGCAUGAGGAACCAGUGUGGUCCCAUCUUGCUGCCUUGGCGGACGCCAUGGUGUGCUCCAGUGUUCUGCAGUGUGCCUCCAGUCUGUGCAUUGUGUUCCAGUCUUGCAGUGUGCCUCCAGUCUGUGCAGUGUGCCUCCAGUCUUCUGUAGUGUGCCUCCAGUCAGAUGCUUCCAGUCUGUGCAGAGUUCCUCCAGUCUUUGCAGUGUGCCUCCAGUCAUCAUGCCCCCAGUCUUUGCAGUGUGCCUCCAGUCUUUGCAGCGUGCCUCCAGCCUUGCAGUGUGCCUCCAGCCUUUGCAGUGUGCCUCCAGUCUUUGAGUGUGCCCCCAGUCUUUGCAGGGUGCCCUCAGUCUUUGCAGCGUGCCCUGUCUUUGCAGCGUGCUCCAGUCUUUGCAGCGUGCCCCCAGUCUUUGACAGUGUGCCCCAGUCUUUGCAUGUGCCUCCAGUCUUUGCAGCGUGCCUCCAGUCUUGCAGCGUGCCUCCAGUCUUUGCAGGUGCUCCAAUCUUUGCAGAGUGCCCCAUCCUUUGCAGCAUGCCCCCAGUCUUGCAGCGUGCCCCAGUCUUUGCAGUGCCUCCAGUCGCGAGUGUGCCCAGUCUUUGCAGCGUGCCUCCAGUCUUUGCAGCUGUGCCCCAGUCUUUGCAGCGUGCCCCAGUCUUGCAGCGUGCCCUCAGUCUUUGCAGCGUGCCUCUAGUCUUGCAGUGUGCCUCUAGUCUUUGCAGCGUGCCUCCAGUCUUGCAGCGUGCCUCCAGUCUUUGCAGCGUGCUCCAGUCUUGCAGCGUGCCUCCAGUCUUUGCAGCUGUGCUCCUCAGUCUUUGCAGCAGUGUCCCCAGUCUUGCAGUGUGCCUCCAGUCUUGCAGCGUGCCUCCGUCUGCAGCCGCGGCCUCCAGUCUUGAAGUGUGCCUCCAGUCUUUGCAGCGUGCCUCCAGUCUUUUGCAGUGGCCCCCAGUCUUUGCAGUUCUUUGCAGUAGUGUGCUCCCAGUCUUUGCAGCGGGCUCAGUCUUUGCUGCUUCCAGUCUUGCAGCGUGCUCCAGUCUUUGCAGGCGUGCCAGUCUUUGCAGCGUGCCUCCAGUCUUGCAGCGUGCUCCAGUUCUUUGCAGCGUGCCCUAG